AUGCCGGUACGCCGAAACUCUCCCCCCUGCCCAUCAUUUAAUUUUUGGUUGCCGCAACAGCUAACCGGCGCGCCAUAUCCAGCACCCGUCGCAUCAAGUGUGACGAGGCCCGACCCGCCUGCCAGCGCUGCAUCAGCGCCUGGCGGCCCUCCGACGCUCGUGGUGCCGACCGCCGCCGAGCGCGCACUAGGCCGGUACUUCAUCACCGAAAUCGGCGCCGUCGCCGGCGACGAGUUCAACAGCACGUUUUGGAGCCGCGACGUGCCGCAGGUCGCCCGCGCCGUGCCCGCCGUCUGGCACGCGAGCAACGCCCUCGCCGGCGCGACAUGGGCGCGGAGCCCCGGCGGGCAGCUGACGGUGCGCGCCGCCGCCCUCGUCGAGCAGGAGAGCACGCGGCAGUACUCGGCCGCUGUCCGGCACAUCUUGCAGCUGACGGCACAGCGGGCGGUGCUGUCGCCGGCGCGGCCUCCCUCGCCGCAGGACCGCACCGCCGUGCUGCUCGCCACCAUCCUCCUCGCCAGCUACGCCAUGGGCAUCGGCGAGCGCCGCGUCUUUGCCAGCAUCGUCGCCACCAGCCGCCGCCUCGUCCGCCAGUGGGCGUUUUGGGAGUGUCUGGACGUGCCGUCCGUCGCGGCCCUGGCGGCGCAGAUCCUCUACGUGUACGUCAAGAUGGAGCGCGUGGCGCAAGACUUCCAUCUCGAGACGGCGGGUGGCGCCGACGAGCAGGCGGCGCUCGCCCGGCCGCCCUGGCGGUGGCUCGAUGCCCUCGCCGCGCUGCAGCGACGGCCGCUGACGUCGGCGCUGCGCGCCUGCCUCGAGCUCGACAUGAUAUGGAACAGCGUGCACGACAUCCUCGACGCGCUGCCGUGUGCGCCCUCGGACAGCGACAUGGCCAUCGCCCUCGAGCGACGGCAGCCCUUUGCGCGGCUCUUUUCUUCGUGGGAGGCCCGGUACGCGGCGUACACGGCGCGCCUGCGGAGGAGCGGCCGCCGCGCGCCGCCCCUAGACGUGGACAUUGUCGCGCUGGACCUGCGCCGCGUGCUCGUCCGCGUGCUGCUGCGCGUCGUACCGUCUCUCGCCAGCGAGACAUGCUGGGAUCCGUUUGCGCGCGACUUUGCCGCUGCGGUGGCGUGUCUCGAGGCGGCGCUGCCGGCGGCCGCCGCUGCCGCCGCCGCCACCAACACGGUGCUGUCGACGCCGAGCAUCUACGCGAGCUGCAACUUCAUCGUGCACAAGUGCCGCGCGCCGGGCCUGCGACGGCGGGCCGCGGCGGUUCUGCGUCACUCGCUCGUGGCGGCGCUCGGCCGCCACGCGCACGAUGAUGACGGCCUCGAGCAACAACCGCUGAUUGUCGACCGCUUGGUGCUAGACGGGUUCAGGGCCGCCGGAGAUUACGUUUCGGACGGUCGGUGA